AGUGACGUCACCGUAUUAUUUUUUUUCGAGGAAAGGAAAUCUUGAAUGAAAAUUGAAUAUACACUAAAUUUAUGAGAGAUACGCCAUUUCAUUGCCAUCACACUAUGCGAAAGUGAUAAUAGCACGGUAAAUUUUUGUAGAAUUUGUGAGAGACCACUCCCAACAGCAUCACGAUCAUCUGACACCAUGAAUAGCUUAUCGUUUAGUGAGCUUUGUGGAUUGUUCUGUUGCCCGCCUUGUCCAUCAAGAAUAGCAGCCAAAUUAGCCUUUCUCCCACCCGAACCAACUUAUUCCCUUAUAUCCGACGAUACUGGGUCCAAAUACAGCCUACAUCUGACAGAACGAGCGGAAUGGCAGUACACACAAAGGGAAUUGGACUGCAUAGAGGUUUUCAUGACUAGAACCUCCAAAGGAAACAGGAUAGCAUGCAUGUUUGUCAGAUGCUCACCCAAUGCUAAAUAUACUAUGUUGUUUAGUCAUGGAAAUGCUGUUGACCUUGGGCAAAUGAGCAGUUUUUAUAUAGGUCUAGGGUCUCGCAUUAACUGUAACAUUUUUAGUUUUGACUAUUCAGGAUAUGGAAGCAGCUCAGGAAAACCAUCAGAAAAGAAUUUGUAUGCAGAUAUUGAUGCCGCAUGGCAAGCUCUGCGUAGUAGAUAUGGCAUUAGUCCUCAAAAUGUAGUGUUGUAUGGGCAGAGUAUUGGCACAGUACCCACCAUUGACCUGGCGUCUAGAUAUGAGGUUGGAGCAGCUAUUCUUCAUUCUCCACUAAUGUCUGGCAUGAGAGUGGCAUUCCCAGAGACCAAGAGAACUUGGUUUUUUGAUGCCUUUCCAAGCAUAGACAAAGUACCGAAAAUUACCUGUCCUGUGUUGGUGAUUCAUGGAACAGAAGAUGAGGUGAUAGACUUUUCUCACGGUCUCGCCAUUUAUGAGAAAUGUCCCCGGGCAGUAGAACCUCUGUGGGUAGAGGGGGCAGGACAUAAUGAUGUAGAGCUUUAUGGACAGUACUUAGAGCGUCUCAAACAGUUUAUAAACAUUGAACUAUCGGUCAAUUGACAACUACUGCAACUUAGGGGGGAGGAUGUAAAUGCCACGAGUGCAGACUUCUGUGUUCAGGACUUCGGUAACUCUCUGUCUGCAAUUGUGGCGGACACUAAUACUUCAGAUGACGGCAGUGCAUUUAAAGUAAGGAAAGGCACUGGAAGGCGGAUGAAGAAACACCGAGUUAAGUUAAAGUCAGACGCUGACAAAAAAACAAAGGGUGAUUUAUCUAGUGUUCCUAGUGGACCAGUGCAGUCUGAUGAUGAGCAUAUCAAAGAAAACGCUCAGGAAGGAGAGACAGAGGUCGUAGUUCAUUCUGUUAGAGAAACAGCUAUUGAUGAACCAUCUUUGGAUCAUGAUACAGUGGAUUCAUCUGCCCAGCCUACAAACUCAUCAAAUGAAGUACAUGCCAGUGUGGAAAAAGAGUCUCAUUCUGAGCUCGUGGAGAGUCAUAAGAAGAACGGACAAGUGAAGUGUGAUCUGGAAUGCCCUUCAGAGGAAGGAGAUUGCCAUGAUGUGAAAAAGACUGAAAACUCAUCUCCAGCUGAAAGCCAUGUUUCUUGUGAUGUUCAUAUAAAGGAUAUCAUAGUAGAGGUCAACAAUAUUCCUAUCAGGAAUUCUGAUGAUGAUGAGAAUGAUUUUGUUGAAUCUACAGAUCUGUAAAUCUUAAAAUUCGGCAGCAGCUGCAUGUAGCUUCUAUUCUAGCAAUAAAUUAAUUUAUUAUAAGAUACAGUAGAGCAAAUACAAAGUCUGUUGAUUUUUCUUCCUCUCCAAAAUUUAAUUUUUUCCUUCUCAAGUGACUGGUGAAGUUGGAAUAUUGUACUUAUAAGCUUAACAGUUGUUCAUCCUGGUUGAAAAUCAUAUACAUGUAUAUGGAUAUUCACCAUGGUAUUGAACAUUGAGGUUAAAAUUUUUUUUGAGAAUAUGAAACACCCACGCUGUCAACAAUUUUCAUUAUAUGGGGAAGAGUUGUCUUUCUUUAGCCAAAAUGGAUAAUUGUAAACAGUCUGCUUUUGUGGACCAGCUUUAUUUAUGUUAUUGAUAUCUGUAGCUCAAAUGUGUAUCAACUAUAUUUCUCAACUUUUUGUGACAACAUUUUACAUGUUAAAUUCUUCAUAAACAAUAUUUAAGAAGAAAACACCCUCAAAGGAGAAGCACAUUUUUGCUUAAUGUGAUUUGAAAGGCAGUUGGUUUUGUAAUAUAAAUUUUUAAUGUGUUGUAGAUCUUGUUACUAUAAUGUUUAAUGAUACAGUGUAUGUAUGAGCAUGUAUGUUACAAAUAAGAGGAUACUGGAAACAAAUUGAGUCACUUAGUACAAGUAUAUAUGAAUUAUAUCUCUUAAAUUGCUAUAUGUACAUUAAUUAGUUGUAUUAGCCAUAUGAUUAUUGUGAAACAUGUAUCAUUACACUCAAUUUUACAGCUGUGCUUGUUCUUUCAAGUUAAGUAUUUGUUUGCAAAAGUCUUUUAAGUUGGGCUCGUAAUGAUUUCAGAGCAGACAAGGGAUGAAUUGAUCUUGAUAAAAAUAAAAAUAUCAUUUUUCUGUUUUCAUAAAACUAAAUGUUUUGUGACAUUGUUCCUUUGGUGAAAUUAUUUGGCACAUUUUAGAGUAUCAAGAAAUGUAAUUUGUUGGUAUAUUCUGUAUAAAUGUAUUAUGUUUUAUUUAAACAUGAAACAUAGGGAUGUUCCCAAUCACUGACAUCGCAAUCCUUUAGUUCUCUAGUGACACUGUAUAUACUAAUAUCAUUAUAAAAUAUGACCUGUUACUGUCCAGCACAAUAAGAUCUCUUAUUUCUUGUAGUAUUGCGGCCAUAUCUUGUGUUCUUUGUGAAUGAAUCAUUUCAUAUGCAUGUUUAUAUAUUACAGAUGCUUUUAUAAAUGACAAAAAGGAUAUUAAUUGUAUUUUUCAAUUCAAAAGAAAGUUUGAAAACUGUGAUAUUUUUACAUAGCAGUCAUAAUAACUGUAUUUGAAUGUUAUUUGAUUCACCAAAAUCUGUGACAGAUGCUACCUGAUCAUAUCUUCAAUUUAUAUAGGUAAGAAAAGUCAAACGAAAAACACAAUUUGGUGAUCACAAACAUGUUUACUUCGUAUUCAUUCAAAAUAUUAUUAUAUGAUCAAAACAAUAAAUCUGUACGCGUUGACACAGCAUCAUAAUGACAGUAAUAAUAAUUAUUUGAUUAGGGAGGAAUUUACACAUCAUUUUAAGAACAUAUGCCACAAAUCAUUGUUAAGUAUCAAGUACACAUAUGGAGGUGAGAUGAGAAUUUCAAUUACAUGAUUGGUACAUCUUUUGAAUAAUUCUGAAAUAAAAGAGAUUUUUUUUUUUGGUGUCAAAAUUACUUUUAAUAUUUCAAAGUUUCUGAUACCAAAAUUCUUGUAUAAAAAUUUCUCCAUACUUUCCAUCAGUGUAGAUUAACAUUUGUGAAACCUCCUUAAUCUGCAAGAAAAUGAGAUACCUGGGACAAAUGAUGCUAUGACCAGAGGAUGUGACUUGACCUUGAAAUAAGGUCAGAUUGAGAAAAUGAAGGUAGUUAAAUUCUAAAGUGUAAAUUUUUUAUCAAGUAAUAAUUUUGUAAUGCAAAAAUGGUAGAACUUCAUAAUAUAGUUUACUAGUCAUGACCUUAAGCUAAGGCAAUUUGUCAAGGUUACAGGAGUUGGAAGGGAAACAUUUUUUCUAGCUCACAGCAGUGGUAUUCAGAGAUUGCAGAAGAAUCACUCCAGAAGUUGCUUAUAAUUAUAGGGUACACCAUAGCUGUCAAGCAAAUUGAA